CGAGAAACCCCUUCACGCGUACGAAUCCUUCUUCCCCAAAAUCCCUUAAUUCUCGAUUUCUUCCCCUCUCCCAAUUCAUUCAAAACCCUCGUUUUCUCUCUCCCAUUGCUCUGAUCUGAAAUGUGCUAAAUCUCCCAUCUUUUUUUUGUUUUGAUUCUCACCCUUCUCCUUCUGAUACCGCGAGUGUUCGUGGGUUUGCGGUAUUUUCAUUCCUCCGAGUGAUCCCACCUUCAAAAUCUGUUCAUGUCGCUCUUCGAAUUCUCAGACCCGUGUUUUGAUCGAAAUGUGCCCGAAUUUCGAGUCUUGUGAUCGUGUUUGUCUUGUUCCUCGUUCUUCCGAAGCCAUAGUGUUGACGUGUUCGUGUUGUUUCUGAGUCGUACCCUAAAAAAAUUUCCAUUUUCUUUGUUGCUCUCGUCAAAUUCAGAACCUUGCUUUUUUUCCCCCCUCUAACAUCGUUUCCAUCGAAGUGCGUCCAGAAUUCUGAAUCUGGUGUUAGAUCGUUGGUGUAAAACCCUGUUCACGAAUUCCUCUGAAAACAAAGUGCGUUAAUGUGUUGAAAACGUUGCUUCUGAGUGACCCCACAACUGAGUUUUCGCGUUUCUCUGUCUGGUUUCCUGUGGACACAUCGGACUGCGUUUUGUAAGGAAAGAGGUUGUCCAUAGGAUCGAUCGGAGUAUAUGGGGUGUUGCUCGUGUUUUGGGUCAAGAAAAAGACGACGAAAGAUGCAGAAUCAGGAGCUCAGAGACGUUGCUGCUGGUCCGAAAUGGAGACACGAACCGUCGUCUUCUGUAGCCAAACCAGUCAGAAGUAUGUCUGAAUCUGCGAUGCAGCGAGACUUACAUGAUUCUCCGGACAAGGCUCAAACUUUUACCUACCGAGAACUCGCUACCGCCACGAACAACUUCAGGACAGAAUCACUGAUUGGACAAGGCGGAUUUGGAGCCGUUUUCAAAGGAAAUCUGGAAAGAACUGGACAGGUUGUAGCUGUGAAACAACUUGACAAGACUGGUCUACAAGGAGAGAAGGAGUUUCUAGUCGAGGUUCUCAUGCUCUCACUCUUGCGUCAUGACAACCUCGUCCACCUGAUCGGUUACUGUGCUGAGGGAGAUCAACGGCUUCUUGUUUAUGAAUAUAUGCCUCUUGGAUCCUUGGAAGAUCAUCUCCAUGAUCUCACACCUGAUCAGGAGCCUCUAGACUGGCACACGAGGAUGAGGAUAGCCGCCGGCACAGCCAAAGGGUUGGAGUAUCUUCACAAUGAAGCAGACCCACCUGUGAUCUACAGGGACUUGAAAACGGCCAAUGUGUUACUUGACCAUGGUUUCAAACCGAGCCUCUCUGACUUUGGACUGGCCAAGUUUGGUCCAAGCGGAGACAAGUCUCAUGUGUCCACCCGGGUCAUGGGCACUCACGGUUACUGUGCACCCGAAUAUGCAGACAGUGGGAAACUUACGAUGAAAUCUGAUAUCUUCAGCUUCGGAGUUGUAAUGUUGGAACUCAUCACUGGACGCAGACCUGUCGAUGAUACCUGCACCGGUCCAAAACGGUUUCUUGUGAACUGGGCAAGACCGUUGUUCAAGGAACAGAACAUAACAGAGUUAGCAGAUCCGGCGUUAGGAGGGAACUUCUCCGAGUCGACUCUGACAAAAGCACUGGAAGUGGCGUUCAUGUGCUUGAGGCAAGAAGCGAACGCAAGGCCAUCCAUCAGAGAAGUAGUGGUUGCUCUAAACUACAUUGUCUCACGCUCUCGCAAGGAGAAGGAAGUGACGAGCAGAGGAGUGGCAAUGGCGGCGGCAGUGACAGAGACUGUGAGCUCUCCGAAAGAGACAACGAGGAUGCUGGUGAACAAUAACGAUGAUUUCGAUCGAGAGAGAGCAGUUGCUGAGGCUAAGUCAUGGGGAGAGACAUGGAGAGAGAUCCGGAGACAGAGUGCUCAGCCUCCAAGCCCUUGACUUUGAUAGAUAAAACCCAAAAGAAAGUUGUCACCUUUACGAACUCGAGAGUAGAUUUCUCUGACAUGGACAGAUUUCCGUUAUAACCCUUCUCGUAUAUCUUGACAUUGCAGUCGCAGAUUCAGAUUUGACAGCAUUGACUCCAUUGAUCCA